GUAAACUUUUGCUGUUUUUAAUAAACCAGAUUCUGGACCAACCUUUUUUUUAAAAAAAAACAAAAAAACUCAACCGUUCUCUUGGUGAAUUUUUCUUCAUUCUCCUGUUGUGUUCCCCCGACACCGACUUCAAGUGUCCUCUGUUAGUGCUCAUUCUGUGGGAAAUCCCUGAUCCAUGACCUUCUGGCUUCUGGUUGAAGCCAUUCCAGGACAGACUGGACCAGAAGGACUCCAGGCUCAGCAGAGGACAUUCAUAUCAGACUAACUGUGCCUUUAGUUCUACCUGAGACUCCUCCUUCUUCCAGCCUGUGGGACGACACACAACAAAGUACACAAUGUAGACUGGGAAGGCAUGUGUGGAUCCACAAAGUCCAGACUAUGUUCCCACAUUGUUCAGUUAUUCAAAGCAGAGUCAGUGUAUGGAGGCACCCAAAAACUGGACAGGUUCAAGAGGAGAAGACAGAGGGCUGGAACUAGCUGCACGUCCUCUCUGGCUGACACCUCCAGCUCUGUCACAGCAGUUCAAGGGUCCUCCACCACAGAGCCCACCACAGACUCAGACCAUCAACAGGAGCUUUGCACUACCGAUUAGAUAAACACCGCUUCAGCCUCCAUCUGUUCCUGCUUAUCUGGUGUGGAGGGCGGGACCAUGUCAGGUUUGUUUUCAGACCGUUGUUUCAUGAUUGCAUUGUGUGGAAGAUCGAAGACCAGUGUGCGAGGUACAUGAAUGAAGGGCCAUGGAUUUGAGAACCAGCUGAGUUCUUCAUCCCCAGUGGAGACAGAACCAGAGUCUGAAACCGGCUCAGGACAAGAGGACUGAACAGUUCCUUCUCUUCUGGUGAAGGUGGAGAGUUCACCUGAAGCCAUACGAAAAGAUGGCAACGCCAAAAGAGGUCCUUUUUGGAACGCUGGAGGAUUUGGGAAGUGAAGACUUUAAAGUAUUUAAGUGGUACUUGCAGCAGCAGGAUAUCAUGGAAACCUUCCCGGCCAUCCCGAUAAGUCGACUGGAAGAAGCCGACAGAGUGGACACAGUCGAUCAGAUGGUGAAGACCUACAGUAUCAACACUAUUAAAGUCGCCACAAUGGUUUUGGUGAAGAUGGACAAGAAUCAUCUUGUGGAGAACUUAUCACAGUGCACCUCAGAACCUGCAGACAUUCUUGCCCAGUGUCUGCAGAAAGUCAAAGUCAAGCUAAAGAAUAAAUUUAAGGGUUUCAUUGAAAAACUCACAAAAACGAGAAACAGAAAACCAUUUGAUGAGAUUUACACAGAUAUCUACAUUACCAUGGCAGAGACCGGAGUGGUCAAUGUGGAACAUGAGGUCCGACAGAUUGAAAGAACCUCCCUUAAACAAGACAGACCAGAAACUACCACAUGUAACGACAUCUUUAAUCGCACAAAUGACAAAGGUGAACCAGUCAGAACAGUGCUGACAAAGGGUGUGGCCGGCAUCGGGAAAACGGUCGUGACACAGAAGUUCAGUGUGGACUGGGCUGAAGACAAAGCCAACCAGGACGUACACUUCACAUUUCCACUCACCUUCAGAGAGCUGAAUGUGCUGAAACAGAAGAAGUUCAGCUUAGUGGAACUCAUUCAUCACUUCUUCACUGAAACCAAACAAGCAGGAAUCUGGAUCUUUAAAGACCUCCAGGUGGUGUUCAUCUUAGACGGUCUGGAUGAGUGUCGACCUCCUCUGGACUUCAACAACACUCAGAUCCUGACUGAUGUGACAGAGUCCACCUCAGUGGAUGUGCUGCUGAUGAACCUCAUCAGGGGGAACCUGCUUCCCUCUGCUCGCCUCUGGAUAACCACACGACCUGCAGCAGCCAAUCAGAUCCCUGCUGAGUAUGUUGACGUGGUGACAGAGGUCAGAGGGUUCACUGACCCACAGAAGGAGGAGUACUUCAGGAAGAGGUUCACAGAUGAGGAACAGGCCAACACAGUCAUCUCCCACAUCAGGAUGUCACGAAGUCUCCAUAUCAUGUGCCACAUUCCACUCUUCUGCUGGGUCACCUCUAGAGUUUUGCAGGACAUGUUGAAUCAUAAAGGAGAGGAACUGCCAAAGACCCUGACUGAGAUGUACAUCUACUUCCUGGUGGUUCAGACCAAACAGAAGAACAUCAAGUAUGAUGGAAGAUCUGAGAGAGAUUCACACUGGAGUCCAGAGAACAAGAAGAUGAUCGAGUCUCUGGGAAAACUGGCCUUUGAGCAGCUGCAGAAAGGGAACCUGAUCUUCUAUGAAUCCGACCUGACAGAGUGUGGCAUCGACAUCACAUCAGCCUCAGUGUACUCAGGAGUGUUCACAGAGAUCUUCAAAGAGGAGAGAGGAAUGUAUGAGGACAAGAUGUUCUGCUUCAUCCAUCUGAGUGUCCAGGAGUUUCUGGCUGCUCUUCAUGUCCAUGAGACCUUCAUCAAGACUGGACUCAAUCUGCUUUCAGAGGAAACCCAAAGAUCUAAACUAUUAAGAAAAAUGUGUAAACUGCAGCAUCUCCACCAGACUGCUGUGAACCAAGCUUUAAAAAGUCCAAACGGACACCUGGACUUGUUCCUUCGUUUCCUCCUGGGUCUUUCUUUGGAGUCCAAUCAAAUUCUUCUGCAUGGCCUGCUGACACAGACAGGACGUUGCUCCGAGACUAAUCAGGAAACAGUUAAAUACGUGAAGAAGAAAAUGAAGAAAAAUGUCCUCCCAGAGAAAAAUAUCAAUCUGUUCCACUGUCUGAAUGAACUGAAUGAUCGAUCUCUAGAGGAUCAGAUCCAGCUCUACCUGAGUUCAGGACAUCUCGCCACAGAUAAACUAACUUCUGCUCAGUGGUCUGCUCUGGUCUUCAUCUUGUUGUCAUCAGAAAAAGACCUGCACAUAUUUGACCUGAGGAAAUACUCUGCUUCAGAGGAGGCUCUUCUGAGGCUGCUGCCAGUGGUCAAAGCCUCCAACAAAACUCUGCUGACUGGCUGUAAUCUGUCAGAGAGAAGCUGUGAAGCUCUAGCCUCAGUUCUUGGCUCCUGGUCAUCUACUCUGAGACAUCUAGACCUGAGUAACAACGACCUGAAAGAUUCAGGAGUGGAGAUACUUUGUGUUGCCCUAAAGAGUCCAAACUGUGUCCUGGAAACUCUCAGGUUGAACAGUUGUGGUCUGACACAGGGAAGUUGUGAGGAUCUGUCCUUGGUUCUCAGCUCCCAGUGUUCUACUCUGAUGGAGUUAGACCUGAGUAACAAUGACCUCCAGGAUUCAGGAGUGGAGCUGGUUUCUUCUGGACUGGAGAGUCCACACUGCUCUUUGGGCAUUCUCAGGUUGACCAGCUGUAACCUCUCCGAGAGAAGCUGUGAAGCUCUGUCCUCUGUCCUCAGCUCCCACUCCUCUAGUCUGAGGAAACUGGAUCUAAGUCAAAACAACCUGAAUGAUUCAGGGGUGAAGAUGCUGUGUUCUGCACUGAAGAGUCCCAACGGCAAACUGGAAAUCCUCAGUUUGAUAGUGUGUAGACUGUCGAGGAGAAGCUGUGAAGUCCUGUCCUCCGUCCUCAGCUGCCCAUCCUCCAGUCUCCGACAGUUGGAUCUGAGUAACAACAAGCUGUUGGACUCAGGAGUGAAGAUGCUGCUGAGUGGAUUAGAGAGUCCAAACUGCAAACUGGAAACUCUCAGGUUGAACGGCUGUCACAUGUCAGAGGAAACAUGUGAAGAUCUGUCGUCAGUUCUGAGCUCUCAGUCGUCUGGUCUGAAGGAAGUGGAUCUGAGAAACAACAACCUGAUGGAUUCAGGAGUGGAGCUGCUGUGUUCUGGACUGAAGACUGACCACUGUACCGUGGACAUCCUCAGCCUGACUGGAUGUAAUCUGUCGGACAGAAGUUGUGAAGCUCUGUCCUCAGUUCUCAGCUCUCAGUGUUCGGUUCUGAUGGACUUGGACCUGAGUAAUAACGACCUGAAGGAUUCAGGGGUGGAGCUUCUGUGUGCUGCGUUAACCCGACCCCAGUGCACCCUGGGAAUUCUCAGGUUGACUUUCUGCAGUCUUUCAGAGAAAAGUUGUGAGGCUCUGUCCUCAGUUCUCAGCUCCCAGUCGUCUAGUCUGAAGGAAGUGGACCUCAGUAACAAUGACCUCCAGGAUUCAGGAGUGAAGAUACUUUCUACUGGUCUGAAAAGUCCACACUGUGCCCUGGAAACUCUCAGACUGUCAGGGUGUCUGAUCACAGAGGGGGGGUGUGCAUCUCUGGCCUCAGCCCUGAAGUCCAAUCCUUCCCACCUCCGUGAACUCGACCUGAGCUACAACCAUCCAGGAAAACCAGGAGUGAAGCUUCUGUCUGCUUUACUGAAGGAUCCACACUGGAAACUGGGUGUUCUCAGGUUGGACCAUGGUGGACCACACAGGUUAAAACCUGGUCUGAAGAAGUAUUUCUGUGCGCUCACCCUGGACAUCACACCGCCAACAGACACCUCAGACCUGUCCGACAACAACCGGAGGGUGAUCCGGCUGGAGGAGGAGCUGCCGUACCCGGACCAUCCGGACCGCUUCGACCGCUGUCAGGUACUGUGUUGCACUGGUCUGACUGGGCGCUGUUACUGGGAGGUGGAGCGGAGGGGAUGGGUGGACGUCGCAGUGGACCUACCGACGGACUCAGAAGGAAAGGACGAGAUUUUUUCAACCAGUGCUGGGAGGAAACUUCAGUCCUGGUGUCUGUUCUGCUCCGAUUAUGGGUUCUCCGUCUGGCACAAUCACAAACAAAUAACCCUCGUUGAUUCCUCCCGCUCCUCCUCCCCUCCUCCUCCUCCUCCUCCUCCUCCUCCCCUUCUUCUUCCUCUCCCUCCUCCUCUUCUUCCUCUCCCUCAUCCUCCCAUCGGGUGGCGGUCUACGUGGACUGUCCUGCUGGAUCUCUGUCCUUCUACACCGUCUCCUCGGACAAACUGAUCCACCUCCACACCAUCUACACCA